AAUAUGUUCUAGGAAUUCAUCGGUUCUUGGAAUGGAUUUAUUAUAUAACAACACGGAAUUGUGUUUUACUUACCUAGAUUUAUUUACAUUUAUCAAAAAAGUAAUUGUAGCUGCUUUUCAUAUGAUACAAGAGUUUUCAUACGAUACAAGAGUUUUUGUUCAAUACAAGAGUUUUCAUACAAUAAAAGAGUUUUUAUAGGAUACAAGAGUUUUCAUACAAUACAAGAGAUUCAUACGAUACGAAGAGUUUUGAAAAAAGUUUAAAAAGAGAUCCAAAGAAAAAAAUGGCAGGUUAUACCCAAGACUUAGCAAAGCAAUUUGAAUCUCUACAAGUGGGAUCAUCACAUAACAAAUUGCACACACAUCUAGAUCCUGAAAACGUUUUAGUAAAUAUUUUGAUAUAUAUACUUAAAGAAACCAAGGUUCCAAUCAGUUUAUCUUUUUUGAAUGUAACCUUUAAAUCGUUAUGUUUGCCUUGGAUAAUCUCAGAGAAUUUUUUACUGAAAAAACACGAUGUUUUUGCAUUAUCAAUUUUGGGAAAUGAUUUAAAAAUAUUUUUACGAAAAACAAAUAAUAUAUUUCAACGAACAGAAGAUGGUUUGAACAUAAUAAGCAUCAUUAAUAAAGAUCUCACUUUAAUCUCACGUUUUCAAGAUAUGCUUCAAAAUGCGACAUCCUUUGAUGAGUUUUGUCAAAAACACAGUUCUAACAAAUAUAAAGUAAAUUUGGCUUUUGUUAUUCGCAAUAGUCAUGCUUUAAGGCUAUCUUUAAUGAAUGGUAUCACAUAUAUUGAUUCAAAUAAAAAUGGAUUUCAUUCUGAAUUAAAAGAGGAUGAAAUAUGGAGUUGUCUAAGGAAUGAUGGAUUCGAAACGAUUUUUGUUAAAUGCUUAAAAGGAUUGCUUGAAAAGUUUUCUGUACCUGUUCAACUGGGAAAUCUUCAGAGUUGUUUUAACUACGGUGGCUGGGUUAUUGAUAAAGGUUUUUUAAAAACACAUUCUGACAUUUUUCAGGGGGAUGGUAUUAGGGGAAUAACAUUGAACAAAAAUGUGUUUGAAAACAAAAGUUCAUCAUGUUAUAAUGAAGUGCCAAUCAGAAAAAAUAUGUUUGAAAACAACAGUAUGUCGUCAUAUAAAGUAGUGCCAGUGAGAAAUAAUACGGUGGAAAACAAAAAUUUGUCAUCGUAUAAUGAAUUUCCAAUGAAAAAUGAUACAGAAACAAACUUGAAAUCUUAUCUCCAAAAAAGUCUUGUAGAUUUUGCUUUGCAGCACAACUCCUCGAUUCUUGUUUUAGGAUCAUCAAACCAACAGCCUCCAUUGAUAGUUGAAGCCUUAGGGAGUGAUAACAAAGAAAAAAGAUUAACAGCUAUUUGCUUGAUUCGAGAUCAUUUAAAUAAAGAAAUAGAGAAGGAACUCACUAAAACAAGAAAGUAAAUAUUAGAAGAUAAAAAGUAAGAAAUAAGAAAGUAAAUUAAAUUUCAUGUUCUGGUAAUUUGGAAAAUAUGAUACUAUUGAUUAAGUAAGUACGCAUGUUUUGAGUACGCAUACAUGUGUGAGUACGCAUGUGAGUAUGCAUAAUUUUUCUAUAUGAUUCUAUAUUUUAUCAUAUGACACUAUUCCUAAUUUCAAUCUAUAUAUUUUUGUAAUUAUUAUAACUAUAUUUAUAUUGUAUUUUUUUAAAUGUAUUUCUGCGUUUUAAUGAGGUAAAAUUAUUUAUAAUAUAUUCAAAUAUGAAUAA